UGAUUAUCCAGAGUCGAUUCUCCAUCUCUGGCUCCCUCUCCGAAAACCCCAAACCUCGCCCCGAAAAUGUUGCCGGAAGCAAUCGGAUUCCAGUCCUCCUCAAGCGGCGCAGCUUUUUUCAACCCAGUCAUACCUCUCCAAUGUCAAUCUCCCCCUCCCUGUUUCUUCCCUUCUUCUCCACCCUUCCACCAUCACCGCUGCCAGCUGAAACAACGCAAGAAAAGUCAGCAGCCGCUGCUGGUGGCUCAGUGCGCUGGUAAAGAGGAGGCAGAGAGGUAUUUGGAGCAGGAAUUAGGGAUACCAAGCACUAAAACCAGGACAAAAGAAGAGUGGAAUGACAAGCCCGACAACUCUGGUUACGAAGCUCUCCUGAGGGGCGGUGAGCAGGUCACUUCCGUCCUCGAGGAGAUGAUCACCCUUCUGGAAGACAUGAACAUGGAUGAAGCGUCUGAGAAAGUGGCGGUUGAAAUAGCAGCACAGGGGGUGAUAGGGAAAAGAGUUGAUGAGAUGGAAUCUGGGUUUAUGAUGGCCCUUGAUUAUAUGAUUGACAUUGCCGGUAAAGACCAAGACGAUAAGCGAAAGGAACUGCUGGAAGUUAUCAAGGAAACAGUAUUGGCACAUUUGACCAAGAAAUGCCCUCCUCAUGUUCAAGUAAUUGGCUUGCUUUGUAGAACCCCGGGAAAGGACAGCAGGCAUGAGCUGCUACGUAGAGUGGCUGCUGGUGGGGGUGCCUUUGGAGGAAAAGGUGGCACUAAAGUUCAUAUCCCCGGAGCAAAUCUAAAUGAUAUAGCUAACCAGGCGGACGAUUUGCUUGAGACAAUGGAAACUCGACCAGUGAUACCUGAUCGCAAACUACUUGUAAGGCUAGUGUUGAUCAGAGAGGAAGCCAGGGACAUGAUGGGAGGUGGAAUACUGGAUGAAAGAAAUGACCGUGGUUUUACCACCCUUCCUGAAUCCGAAGUGAACUUCUUAACCAAAAUCGUCGCCCUAAAACCUGGGAAAACUCUCCGAGAAAUGAUAAAGAAUGUGAUGGAAGGCAAGGAUGAAGGUGCUGAUGACACCACUGGGGAUGGAGACAGCAGCGAUGAAAGGAAUCUAAAGGGAAUUGCUGGAAGGGGAAGUGUCACUGGCCGAAAGCCACUUCCAGUUCGCCCUGGUAUCUUUCUCGAGACCGUAACCAAGGUACUUGGUGGUCUAUACUCCGGGAAUGUCUCUGGUAUUACAGCCCAACAUCUAGAAUGGGUUCACCAAAAGACACUCGAGGUCCUUCAAGAGAUAGCAUUCUAGUCCCUCAUGCAGAUUGACUUGCCAAGCCAAGUAAACCUCCGUCUCUAAGUUAUACCAGCAAACAUGCAGAGGUACAAGGGGACACUGGCAGACAUAUCCACAGAGUGAGGACCAUAACCUCUACAGGAAGUCUUAACCUUUUGAUCCUGAUGAGAAAACAAACUAUACAAGGUGGCAAUGAUGAAGCUGAGGAUUCCAUGUGUUAAACUAAUGCUCCUCUGAUGACUGUGAUCGCAAUCACAACACGAAGUGAAGAGAAGGAUAUGGAGAGUGAGAACAUUGAUAUGGAUGUCGUGAAGAGUAGAAGCAAACACAGCAAGGAUGGGGCUCACUGAUUGGCACUCGCAAAUAUAUAAUGCUUUUAUAGUUGUUUCUUUUUUGAGUUGUGCCUUCUUUUGCUUUGAUGAGGAUAACAUUGCCUUUCUUUUUUCUUCGUUUUUCGACCGAUUUGGCCCUUGAUGGUUCAGUGUCAACUUCACUGGCCGACCCGACCUAACCUUGUCUCUAAAGUCUAAACCCACCUGCUGUCAUUUGCUUUCCAACCCUCUGUCUGUUGUCUCGUCGGUGAUCUCAUUUCCUUCGUCACUAUCGAAGAUGAAGUUGUCACUUCCAAACUUUCAUUUUUCACUUAGGUUCAUGGCUAAUUCUACUUCGACUAAUUAAUGGUUGACACACCGGAGAAGCCAUGGCCCUCUAUCGAGGUCUAUUAAGUCAACACCGUCUUCUGUUACUGAAUUGUAAGGCUAUUUUAAACUUCCGGUUACUUUCUUAGCCACCUAAUUGAUUCCUUUAUCUCUUCCUUUCCUGCAUUCUCUUUCUUCACCGAAGAGUAACCACCAGAAGAUGGAGUCUUUAACUACCUACUCCUGUAGCUCGCCUUUUUAAAGC